CGAAAACGCCUGUUUCGUCUUUUUAAAAUUUGGUAUCUCCCGGCCACUGUAUAUUUUUUUUCGAAACUUCCUCACGUGACAUCAGUCCAAGUGAAGAUGUCAACAUCAACCACUGAGUACACUUGAAGUUAUUUGACUGAUGCUUUUAUCGUAUUGCUGGCAAUCAGAAGGGAAUGUCGAUGUUGACCACUGCUUGACUGUCACAUAAGAUAGCUAAGGUAUGUUGCUGUCUCAAGAAAUAGUCUGUGGAAUGCUAUCCAAGACAAGCUACAACAGCUAGCUAGCUAGAGAUUCGUGUUGGCUUUGUGAGUAGCCCAGUUUAAAGUUCACAAACAACUGCAGGUCCUGCAUUGCAAUUUAUUCUACAUAACUAGCUAGGUGGUAUUUAACUAGUAUCCUGCAUGUUAGCUUCCAUCAUCUCUAUACUGUAAGUUGAGAACGUAUUUUUAUUUUAACAAUUUGGGGUAUUGUUUGGGUUGUCUGCAUGUGUCACAUUUCCCCAGCAUCAUCUGUCUCGGUCUCCUCAUCUAUUUUAUCCUGCUUUGUUUACCUGCAGGAUGGCUGGAUGUCACAGUGGCCAAUCCACCCUUGUCAACAGCUUGGCCACUCUGCUUCGGAAUCAUGGUAUAGUAACAUCACCACCGUCUGUCUCCCAAAACAUAUUCAAGACAUAGCCCCUGUGUUAUCCCAGACCUGCUAAUCUGUUCCCUCUCCUAAAUUGUGAUCAGACCUUUUGAGGUUGUUGGAAAUUAUUAGGGGCUCAUAGCUAUACUGUAGCUACAUGCUUAAUACAUUUUAUAUUGCAUUGUAACUGUUGGUUUUAAGUGGUGUGUGACCAUUGUCUCUCCUCUCUCUCCAGGUGCCUCUGUGCUGGACGGCAGCAGUACCCUGACUCUACAGUCAGACUCUCUGCAGCACCUAGGUCGUCUGUUUGAGCAGUACCUCCUCUCCAGGACUCACCAACAUGGCUUCCUGGCUCUGCCCUCACACCCUGCUGACACCACCUCCCUACUGCAGCUCCAGUUCGUGUUUGACGUGCUGCAGAAGACCGUCUCCCUCAAGGUCUGUUUGUGUGUGUGUGUGUCCUGCUGUAUUUGUAAACAGUUUUGUGGUAGAUGUAUGCAUAACUUACUCAGCACUGCAUAAACACAAAAUGUUCCAAGGAAAACUGUGAAUUAUGUGGACGUCUGAGGGAAUUUCAUUGAGCCACUAGGUGGAGCUAUAGCAUUCUGUAUAAUGUUCUUUGGCCUUUGGUUUUUCAUUCCUAGCUCAUCAACCCACCUGGGUCGAGGCUUCAGUCAGUGGUCAAGAUCUUUCCUUUCAAGUCUCUCAAGUCCUUAGAGGUAUGGGAUGAAAAUGUGUCCGCUUCUCCUUUGUAACAAAACAGUAUGAAUAUCAAUAUAGAUGAGUCUGAUGGCUUACUCUGGGCCUGUUUUUCUGUCUCCAAGUUGAAGCGUAUCCCCCCUCACUGUCUGGAGGACCUGAGGGGAGUCUAUUCUCAGUUAGAGGUCUUCACCUGCUCCAAGAGCCUCAGCUCCCUGGAGGUAACACACACGCAUCACAUUUUUGUCUUUCUCAAUAACAGACCCCUUUGUGUUGGAGUUUGAGCCAGUGUUAUUGUUACAGGAGCUACUGUCUCUGUGUGGAGGAGACCUCAGCUCUGCACUGCCCUGGCUGGAGCUGCACACCCUCAACUUCAGCUACAACACUAUAGUCUGCCUGGAUGAGUCACUGGUAAGACACUCACACAUGCUGCUGCUUACUGGUUUAUUUAUUCACCUGACUGACAUUUGUUUUUAAUGUGAAUCACUUUUUUGUCAUGUUUUUAAUGUGAAUCACUUUUUUUGUCGAUUUUAAUGUGAGUCGCUUUUUUUGGCCAUGUUUUUAAUAAUAAUGUUAAUCACUUUUUUUGGCCAUGUUUUAAUGUGAGUCACUCUGCCUUUUUUAGAGUUUACUGAAUGUUCUGAAGUCUCUGGAUCUUAGUCACAAUAAAAUCCAGGAGUGUGCUGACUUUCUCAAGGUAGGGUGGCAUGACUUCCAAUUUUAUAUUUCUGGCUAGGUUUUGUGUCUGUGUGUUGAGAAGGGUUCAGAGUUGGAGACAUACAGCAGGGAGAUGCAGUAACUUACUGUACUGGGCUAUCUCCAUAUCUACUGUCUCUCUCCUCCUCUCUCCCCUCUCUCUCUCAGCCUCUGAGUGAACUAGAGCACCUCAACCUGGGCUAUAACAACCUCCAGAGAGCACCAACGCUGGGCCUGAGCUCCAGAGCCAAGCUCCUCACUCUCAUCCUCAGAAACAAUGAGCUGGAGACCAUCAACGGUACCGUAACACCUCGCCUCUGAUAGACACCAUCUGCUCAUGCUAGAAUGGAUGAUAGUAUGGUGGUUUCUCUACUGAUUUUCUUUUCUUUUCUUUUUUUUCCCCAUAUUGAUAUUAUCCCUAAACGUAUGCCAAAAAUCAUCAAUACCAAAUAGUUAGCAAUAGUAUUCCAUCUGCAGACUCCCUCAAGACUACCUGUUAUGCACGACCCCUUGAACUGACCUCUCAGUAUUAAAACAGAGAGGGACUUCAGCCAAUCAAAGCCUUGGACAAGACAGGGAUAUCAGCCAAUCAAAGCCUUGGAUCUGUUUACCGCCUUGUGUCCACAAACAGUUGGGGGCUAUAGAUAAACAGGAAGCUAGGAAUAUAUUAAUAUACUGGCAUACUCCAACUCUACAAUGCUUAUUGUUUGGUAAGCCUGUGUAGUUUCUUUGCCAGUACUGCCUAUCUGCCCAUCUCCUUCCCUAUUGUGCAGUGUGGAUGGCUGACUGUCUGUCUCUGUCUCAGUAUGAGAUACCUAGAUGUCUGAUUUGGUGGUUACUGGUUUACCUUGGGUGACACCUGAGACUGUGUGUGUGUGUGUGUGUGUGUGUGUGUGUGUGUGUGUGAUCCUAUGCAGGAGUGGAGCAGUUGUCAUCCCUACAGCACCUGGACUUGGCCUACAACCUACUACUGGAUCACUCCCAGCUGGCUCCUCUGUCUAUGCUGCACAGUCUCAACACGGUGAGGGAGGGAGAGAGUUUCAGGAGUUUACUGUGUGACAUAGCCUCUGUGUUAUCCCAGACCCACUGACCUGUAGCCUCUCUCUCUUUUUUUAGCUGAAUCUGGAGGGCAACCCACUGUUCUUCCAGAAGACCCACAGAACAUGCACUGUCCGCCACCUCUCCCCCAAGGCUGCCUACCUCAGAGUGAGUGAGAGGAGGAGGGAGGGAGGGAGGGAGGGAGGGAGAAAAAGCGGAAAGCUGAAUUUGGACCCAGUCUUUUUUUCAUGAUUUCUCUGUCUUCUCUUUGAGUUUAAUAUUGUCUCUCCCCCUCUCUCCCCCCUAGCUCAGACUGGACAGCAGCCCUCUCUCCUCCUCAGAGUUGUCAGUGAGUAGGCCAGUCCUGUAUGGGUCAGCAGGCAUAUACUCUACACUUCUCUAGUCUUGUUGGGUCACUUGUUGAUGUGCACUUCAAGUCCAUUCGUGGGAUUCACCACUUUUGUACCAGAUAGUCUAACAUGGGACCGCCCCCCCCUUCACAGGUGCUACCCAAACUGGGACAGCUGAUUGGCCAGUUCCAGUCCCAGGCCUCGCCCUUAGUCACCAGGGCUCCAGAGCGGGGUAACCAGGAAGUAGUGUCCAGCGGGGGCGGGGAUUUGAGUGACAGCCUGUCGGUCAGUGAGGUGGGAGUGACGCGACAACGCAAGAAGAAAACCAAAGUAAGUCAGCUACACACCUCACUGAGUGGCUGGGGGGUUCUGUCCCACCCCCUAGCCUCGCUGUGUACAUCUUAAAAUACUGGCUAGGUAUAAGCAAUACAUGUUAAUAGCUUGAACUAACCCUCUGAUAGGAUCAAGAUCUAUAGAAGUGACUACGGGGUAAGGGGGCUAUGGGGAUAAGGGGCUAGGGGUCCAUUUGGAAUUGACAAAUCAAUACAGGCAGAGAGGAAGGAACACGUUUCUGGAAUGUUGUGUGUGGCGUGUGUGUGUGUGUUAUAUAAUAUCCGUCUAUGUUGUUUCAGAGUAAGGUGAGAGUGAGACGGGCUAGCAUCUCAGAGCCCAGUGACUAUGACUAUGAACCCAGACCACAGUCCUCUGUACAAGGUAAACUAUUACAGUGUGUCUGUGUGAGUGUGUGUGUGUGUGAGUGUGUCUGUGUGAGUGUGUGUGUGUGUCUAAAGAAACCUCCUCUCUCCCCUCAGACAUCGUUCUCCCUCACCAGAAGGAGAUUGAACGCAUGGACAGUUUCAGGGACCAACUGGGUGAGGAUUGGCUGCGCUACCAACAUCACCUAGAGGGGGCGCCAAUUGCCACCCUAGACAAGCCAGCUCCUCAACACCUCACUAACGGUCUCCGUGGCACCCCCUCCCCACCCAACCCCAGCCCUGUCCAGGCCAGCCCCGCCACCUUUGAGCCCCCUUCUCCAGCGCUGGAAGUCCCAGAGGUUCUACCCCCACCACUGCUCUCGUCUGAGCCCAAGGAGGAGGCCUCCGACUGGGAUGCAGAUCUGGAGACCGAGUCCACCCUCCAGUGGCCUGACCACAGCCUCGGGCACACAGAGUCCACCCUGGAGACUACUAUGGCAGAGGGACAGGGACUGGGUCAGGGGAUAGAGGGGUCACCGGCGACACCCACGGACACCAGAGAAGAAGAGGAGGAGGACUUGGGAGGUAGGAGCACUUCAGAACUAGCAGUAGCACACCUGAUUUCAAGUAGCCAACUAAUGAUCCAGCCCUCAACUAGUCCAACCAGCUGUGCAAGAGCUGGAAUACAACCAACGACUGGGGUGUUCCAAAGGAACUGAUUGGGCAAUGCUGAGCCAACCUUUGACCUCUCUCUGUCUUCUGUCUCUAGUUGACCUGUGUCACCCCCUGCUUGUGGGAGUACUAUCAUCAUCAGAAGAGGAGGAGGAGGGUGGGCUGAGGAGGAAGAGCAGGGCCAAGUGUCCAGUGUUCCUGAGGGUCAAGCCAGGCCACAUCCUGGAGGUGGACAUGAGCAGGGGUCAGUUGCAGGCCCGGCUAGAGUUGGACAGUCUGGGGAGGGUCACCAUGUCCCAGGCCACCUGGACUGAGAGGGUGAGGAGGGGCAGGGGGAGGGAGGAAGGAAGGAAAGAGGGGGAGGGAUGGUGGGGGAGGGAGGGAGGAGAGGGGAAUGAUGUAGAGAGGGAGGGGAGGAGGGAUGUGGGGGAGGGAGGGAGGAGAGGGGAAUGAUGUAGAGAGGGAGGGGAGGAGGUAUGUGGGGGAGGGAGGGAGGGAGGAGAAGGGAAUGAUGUAGAGAGGGAGGGGAAGAGGGAUGGUAGGGAGGGAGGAGAUGGGAAUGAUGUAGAGAGGGAGGGGAGGAGGUAUGUGGGGGAGGGAGGAGAGGGGAAUGAUAUAGAGAGGGAGGGGAGGAGAUGUGGGGGAGGGAGGGAGGAGAGGGGAAUGAUGUAGAGAGGGAGGGGAGGAGGGAUGGUGGGGAGGGAGGAGAUGGGAAUGAUGUAGAGGGAGGGGAGGAGGGAUGGUGGGGGAGGGAGGGAGGGAGGGAGGGAGGGAGGGAGGAGAUGGGAAUGAUGUAGAGAGGGAGGGGAGGAGGUAUGUGGGGGAGGGAGGGAGGAUGCAGAGGGGAAUGAUGUAGAGAGGGAGGGGAGGAGGGAGGGAAGAGAGGGGAGGAAUGGUGGGGCAGGUGGAGGGAAAUCAUGGUGAGAGGAAGGGGGGAUUUUUUUUUUUGUUGUUGCCUGAAAUGAAAGAAGUAUAUGUUUUAUAUUUGUUCUAAAGAUAGUUAUUUCUCUCUCUAGGAGGUGGAGCGGAUUCUUCCUGCCGUAGAGCUUCACUUCCGUUACAUCAGCAGAGAGAGGAGGAGGAGACGCUAUGUAAUGCUGGAUGAUGACCCCCAGGAGGCACUGCAGGUAACAGACAUAAAAAUAAAGUUUUCCAUUAAAACUCCACAUGAAUUCCACGUGAAUUCACAAUGCAGCUACGCUGCUGCCAGCAAAGUUUUGGGUCUCAUCACGGUACGUCCCUUUCAGAUGGUUAAGCAUUGCACCUGUACUACCGUUACUGUACCUCAAUUCCACCUCGCAGAGUUUGUAUUUCCUUCUCAUUUAACUUCUCUAAGUAUUACCAUACAGGACUACGCUGCUGUCACAUGCAAACUGUUGAUGAGGUAGUGGUGGAGAGUGUCGACUCCAAUAGAAUUGAUACCUCGACUACUUGCCCGUCGACUCUCGGCGUCGACUCCCAUUUCUGAGUGUCAAGAUUGACUCCUAAGAUUCAGUAUACUUGGAACGGAGGAGACUGAUUAGUUGCCGUACUUCCGUAGCUCAGCUGGUAGAGCACGGCGCUUGUAACACCAGGGUAGUGGGUUCGAUCCCCGGGACCACCCAUGCACAAAAAUGUAUGCACGCAUGACUGUAAGUCGCUUUGGAUAAAAGUGUCUGCUAAAUGGCAUGUUAUUAUUAUUAUUAUAACACAAACUCUUGCAUAUUUCAUAGCGAGCUAGCCAGGGACGGAGAGAGAGGGGAGGGGCACAGUAUAGGCAGGUCAGCCAACAGGCAGACGGAGUCAGAACCGUGCCCUAUCUAUCAGUAUAGGCAGGUCAGCCACCAGGCAGACGGAGUCAGAACCGUGCACUAGGCCUAUCUAUCGGCAAUGAAAAGCUGUAUCUCUCAAUGAAAAGCUGUAUCUCUCAAUGGAAUGCUGUAUCUCACAAUUUCUUGGCUUGCAACUUCAGUAAAGCAGGGCCUAUUAUCAAUGAAUAGGCUAGGAUGUUCUACACGGAACAGACCGAAGACUGAACACACACUUGCAUCAUUAGCGAAGAGAAAGAGCAGAGGUGUAAUCAUUAGUCCAAACAGUUGCAAAAUGUCCACCAGGCUGUUGGACUGAUGUUGCCAUCAGUCCAACAGCUCUGGUCUUGCUCAUUAGGCCCAAUGAUAUCUAUCGUUUUCUUGUAGUUUGUGUGUUUUGCGUAAGCAGCCAUUGGAAUGUUCUGUUUUUGAAUGUUCUGUAUUCUGAAUGUUCUGUUUUCUGAAUGUUCUGUAUUCUGAAUGUUCUGUUUUCUUGUUUGGGCUUGUAUGUGGGUACAAUAAAAAUUUGAAGUAGCCAGUCAUCAUACAACAUAACUGUUCUAUCAGAAAAUAGAAGGACUGUUCUUAAAGUUUCAAAGAAUGUCUGGGAAAAUACAUGAUUGUAAAUACGGCGGGUGUUGUGUCGUUGCUAGGCACUGGCAGAGGUCCUGUCGCGGGUGGUGGAGGAGAACGAGCGCCGGGUCAUGGAGGGUCGUCCCAGCUGUGUCCGCCUGCAGUGUCUACGCUGUGGGUCAGAGUUCACACAGCGGAGAGGGAAGGAGCAGGAGGACGGAGGGAGAUUGAGAGGAUGGACAGGACUGGAAGAGCAGGAUGAGGAGGAGGGGAAGAAUGAGUGCAGAGAAGAUGGAGUGGGUGAGAGAGGCACACUCGGACAGGAGCACACGUACAUGCAUGCUAGGGAUGGGCACGGUUAUUCUAAUAUCCAAACGGAUUUCAGUAUUCGAUUGCUUGGGAGAUUAUUCAUUUUUUCUUCUCUCUCCCUCCGUGCCACACAGACAAACCAUCACACACACUGGCCCCUGAUUCGCUCUCGCUCCUCCCCUUGAAACAAGCAGAGCGCAGCUCUCUCUCGUCGCGUGAGCAAGUCUCCGUUGAAGUUUCAAAAACAUGUAUUUCGACUAUCUGGAUAUCCGAAAAAAAAUAUCAUGAUAUUAUUUGAAUGCUGAAAUCAUUUAAAAUGCCCAUAUCUAACACAUAGACACACACACAUACAUAUAUACACUACCGUUCAAAAGUUUGGGGUCACUUAGAAAUGUCCUUGUCUAUUAAAAUAACAUCAAAUUGAUCAGAAAUACAGUGUAGACAUUGUUAAUGUUGUAAAUGGCUAUUGUAGCUGGAAACAGCUGAUUUAUUUAUGGAAUAUCUACAUAGGCGUACAGAGGCCCAUUAUUAGCAACCAUCAGUCCUGUGUUCCAAUGGCACGUUGUGUUUGCUAAUCCAAGUUUAUCAUUUUAAAAGGCUAAUUGAUCAUUAGAAAACCCUUUUGCAGUUAUGUUAGCACAGCUGAAAACUGUUGUGCUGAUUAAAGAAGCAAUAAAACUGGCCUUCUUGAGACUAGUUGAGUAUCUGGAGCAUCAGCAAUUGUGGGUUCGAUUACAGGCUCAAAAUGGCCAGAAACAAAUAACUUUCUUCUGAAACUCGUCAGUCUAUUCUUGUUCUGAGAAAUUAAGGCUAUUCCAUGCGAGAAAUUACCAAGAAACUGAAGAUCUCGUACAACGCUGUGUACUACUCCCUUCACAGAACAGCGCAAACUGGCUCUAACCAGAAUAGAAAGAGGAGUGGGAGGCCCCGGUGCACAACUGAGCAAGGGGACAAAUACAUUAGUGUCUAGUUUGAGAAACAGACGCCACACAGGUCCUCAACUGGCAGCUUCAUUAAAUAGUACCCUCAAAACACCAGUCUCAACCUCAACAGUGAAGAGGCGACUCCGGGAUGCUGACCUUCUAGGCAGAGUUGCAAAGAAAAAAAGUCUAGUGUCUGUGUUCUUUUGCCCAUCUUUAUAUUUUCUUUUUAUUGGCCAGUCUGAGAUAUGGCUUUUUCUUUGCAACUCUGAAGGUCAGCAUCCUGUAUUUCUGAUCAAUUUGAUGUUAUUUUAAUGGACCAAAAAAUUGCUUUUCUUUCGAAAACAAGGACAUUUCUAAGUGACCCCAAACUUUGUAACAGUAGUGUACAUACAAUCAUGCAUGCAUACAUGCAUACAUACAUACAGACAUACAUACAGGUAACUGCCAAAAUAAAGGAAACACUUAAGUAAAUGAGGGAUACAAAGUAUAUUGAAAGCAGGUGCUUCCACACAGGUGUGGUUCCUGAGUUAAUUAAGCAAUUAAAAUAUCCCAUCAUGCUUAGGGCCAUGUAUAAAAAUGCCCAGUUGCCCAUUAUUUUGGCUACCAUGGCUAGAAGAAGAGAUCUCAGUGACUUUGAAAGAGGGGUCUCAAAGGAGCAUAGGGGGUUUUAAAGGGUGUCUGUGUCUGUCACCAAAUCUCAACCCAAUCGAACACUUAUGUAGGGCGAUUUAUAUUGAAUUAAUUUGAUUAAUUCAAAUGUAUGUUUUUGCAGGAUAUUCCAAAUGCCUGUGUCGCAAGAAUCCAGUUUUUAUUUUAGUUUUUAUGAGCGUUUAUGUCUGCUUGUUCUCAUGUGUUUUUGGUCUCGUCUCCUUCGCUCCUCUGUGCUGUGCACCUUCCUAUUUACACCAGAGAUCUGUAUAUAAUGACGAGAUGCUCAUGUCUCCGCCCUAACAAUGGGAGUCGUUGUCCCAAAGUCGGGAAGGCAGGCGACAAGCUUAAGUCCAAAAUAAGCCCAUAGAAACGCAGGUUUAGUCCAACAGAAUCGGUCAUAUGGACACCGAAACACAUUGAGACAUUAUGUUACUGUAAUAGAGGAGAAGUUAACCUGUGUCAACUCCUCAAAUUGCGUGCAGAGCAGACCCUACUAAAACAGGAGUAUCAAUGAACAUUGAUUCUGGAAAAUUAAUGCUGUUUGCUCAGUUUGGUACCAGCAUUUUAGCCAAAGACCGUUUUACUAGCUCUCUAGUCUGUUUUAUAAAUGUGCAAUAAGCAUAAAGCACAAUUACAUAAGGAAUUGGCAACUCGUUCUCAUUCUGAGAAAUAAGAUAGGCCACUUGAUUUCAACCUGAACAAAGUGGACCAGCUAGCAUGCUGAUCAAACAGUUGGAGACGGACAGAAGGGUGUGUUCCUAACAAUUAAACUCUUCUGCCUUGUUGUCUAGCAAAUAGAUCCAAGUUGGUUAAACAUCAAAUGUAAAGACUAGCUGGCUACUCAUUAGCAUGUGGGCUUGUGCUUGAGAGAUUGCUUACUGUAUGAGACCUGAGUUCUAUAAUGACUGCUACAAGAAGUUAGUCAUUAUUAGUGAAUGUGCAUAAUGCAUAGUUCUGGUAAACAUUUUAACAAAAAUGACAUUUUAAUAGACAGACUUGAACACCAGAUCAGUGAUUAUUGCAGGAAAAAAAGGGACUGUUUGAAAUGCAGUGUAUUUGACCUUUAAUUGUACAAAAAAGCUUAUUUAGAGAACAUCUAUAAAAAAAAAAAAAAACCUUGAGCUAUAUAUGGUAAAUCAGCCCAUAAGUUUGAAAAAAAUUAGAUAUUAUUUUUUAGGCCAUAUCGCCCAGGCCUACACUUAUGGGAGAUUCUGGAGCAGCGCCUGAGACAGCGUUCUCUACCACCUUCAAUAAAACACCAAAUUAUGGCAUUUCUCGUGGAAGAAUUGUGUCGCAUUCCUCCAAUAGAGUUCCAGACAGUUGUAGAAUCUAUGCCAAGGCACUUUGAAGCUGUUCUGGCGCAUCGCGGUGGCCCAACGCCCUAUUAAGACACUUUAUGUGGGUGUUUCCUUUAUUUUGCUCAUGUUCAGUCAUCUCCAUCCCUCUGAUAGAGAUCUUAAGGACAGGGCUCUGCUGGGAGCGUGCAGGAUCAUGCCUUGACAGACGUCACACGGAUGUGGGCGGAGCUCCGAUGAUGAGUUGUUCUAAAACCUCUUGAGGUUACAUGUAGUCCUCUGUAGCUCAGCUGGUAGAGCACGGCGCUUGUAACGCCAAGGUAGUGGGUUCGAUCCCUGGGACCACCCAUACACAAAAAUGUAUGCACGCAUGACUGUAAGUCGCUUUGGAUAAAAGCGUCUGCUAAAAGGCAUAUUAUUAUUAUUAUUAUUAUUAUUAUUAUUAUUAUUAUUACCAUGGCAACAGACAUAACAGCUAUGGUCCAAGCAACCAAACAGAUUUUUCCCUUCUAAAUUGGUUGUCAUAACUUUGUCGAAGGUGCUUGUGAGGUUCUUCUAUCAACUCUUUUAAUCAACUCUCUUUCUCAAGUACUAAUUGACCAGAAAAUCGCUGAAAAGAAACAUUUGAACAGGCCAAAUUGAGCUUUUCAGUCCUAUUUGUCUUUUAACGCUUGGCUGUUUGUCCCACAGACGACUAACUAACCACUAUAAUUAGCGGAGACAGAUACAGAUGGCUUCAGGCUAUCAGCUUAGCCCUCCUCUCCCGGUCCUCAACAACCCAGAGCUGAAAUUACAACAUGCUCUGACAUGCCCAGAGCUCAGGGAGAGUUUGUUCUACAGAUGUCUAUGGCUUUUGACAGUUGUACCUUCUAGUUGGAGUGUAGUUAGCCAUAUGCCUUCAUAUGCUGACUAUGACAUCUACACCAAGGAAAGGCUGAAGUGCCUAGUCAUUAACUCUGUUUAAAGAGUGAUAGAUACAAGAUUAUGGACAGAAUUUUGCCUUUUAAAACAAGCCUUUUGUGUAAAAAACCUAUUACAAAAUACAUUAAUUUACCAAUACGUAUGAAUUCACACUGAAGUAUAACACUUUUUUUGACACUAAAUGUAUUUAUUUUCUGUUACUUCAGGAAGUACUGUCAUCUGUCCUGAGUGUGGUAGUGAUCAUGUGGUCCAGCUGGCUGGCCAAUUAGCUCCCUCCACCAGUACGCCCGUCCAUACGCCCGUCCAUGGUUCCCCAGGGCAAGAUGGGACUGACCGACACUUUACCUUCAACCACAGGGAUACACCUCUACCCAGUCACCCGGGCAACAAGGUUUGGGAUUUUAAUGUCUUUUAAGAUUUAUUUAAAUAUGUUGAUGUAUGAUGAACAUGUUUUUAAAGUCUAGGGUAAUCAAUCAAUCAGCUUUCAGGCCCCGCCAUAGGGUCAAUACAUCUCCCAUAUUCCCCCUCCCUCUGUUUUUAGGACCCCACCAUGGAAGGCCCUUCCUCUGCCAGGGCCAGCCACUACGGCAGCCCUGCUAUGAAGGCCUCAACCCAGGACACUAUCCAGACCACCACCUCCAUGGAGGACCCCACCUCCUCCUUCUUCUCAGCCAAGGGAAGCUCCUUCUCCUUGGGGGAGACCUGGGCGGACCAGAGCCGGGACCAGAGCCUGUCCCAGCCCGCCAGCUUCUACAGUACAGAGGGCCAGAGUAAAGGAAGUAUAGCAGGAAGCUACAGCUAUGCUGCUGGUGCUACCCCACCUGGACCCCAGGAUCAGCAUGCAGAACAAGCCAGCCCAGGUGGGUCCUGCUUUCUCUGCAUAGACAGCAUUUUGUAGUCAUAAUAUAUAUAUUUGAAUACUUCUGCAAUAACCAAUUUUAUUGCUAAUAUAUAACAUAUUGGUAUUAUGAUGGGGGGGGGGGGGGGGGGGGGCAUAAACAAAAUAACAUUGUUUGAUUGGGUCCCUUGGUUUUUUAUCAGCCAUCAGAUUAAGUCAUAAAAUGGAUAUGAUCCUUGAUUAGAAGUGAUGAUGACCUGGAUUUGAACCUUUUAUUUAAAGCUUUUUCAUCAAAUGGUACCCCUUUUCUUUUGAUGUCAAUUGGUCCAGCACCAUCCUCAGACAAUUGCUUUCAUUUUUGGUGUAAUUCACAUUUCUGGAAAAGGCUUCAAAUAAAGGUUAAAAUCCAGGUCAUGUGACAUGAUAGUCCAAACACAGGGCCCUAGUGAUAGGAGACAAGGAGGAAAUACGUAUUUGUGUUUUGCAAAAAAGAGUGUAACACAACAAUCCACAGGGGAUUAUUUGAUGUUGGUGACAGUGUCCCAGCCUGGCCCCUUGUGUCUCUGUCUGUGAGUCUUACUGAACCAUGGGAGACUUUACUGUUAGACAGAUUGGAGUUAUUAUUAGAACUGAUGGGAGAGGAAGGAAUGCUUCAGCCUCCACAGAGAAGACAAUAGAAUGGAGAGAGAGGGGAGGGAGAGAGAGAGACACAGAGAGAGGGAGAAAGAAAGAAAGAAUGAUCUUGGAGGGGGUAUAAAUACUUUAUAUACACAGAAUAAUAUACCCUUCUAUCAGCCAGAGAUGCUGAAAGACUGAGAACAUGGAUUCCUUCUCCUUCUUUUAAAACCACACGCCACUGCAGAGACCCAUCUCAAAGCACUUCAUCAGCCCCUGAGCUGACGUUCAUUUUACACUAACCUCUUUGUCUGGGAGAAGGCCACUCAUUUGCUCCGUGAAUUAAGAGCUCUGCCUGAGUUUCAAAAGAAACAUGCUCGUUCAACUUGAGCAGGGAAGUAGGGUGUGUGUGUGUGUGUACACCCGUCACGUGUGUGUGUGUGUGUGUGUGUGUGUGUGCGCAGUGGAUUGAGAUGUAACUUAAAAAGGAUGAAGACACCUAUCUCUUUUCUAGAACAAGUCCUUUAGUCUAACACCAGAUUACUACAUGUAGAUUAAAAGCUUCUUUGAUCUGAUUUCCCAUGUAUUUGGGACACAUGUAUCUGAAUAUCACACAUCAAAAAGGGAAUGUUGGGGGCCUCCCGAGUGGCGCAGCGGUCUAAGGCACUGCAUCGCAAUGCUUGAGGAGUCACUACAGACCCGGGUUCGAUCCCAGGCUGUGUCGUGACCGGGAGGCUCAUAGGGCAACGCACAAUUGGCCCAGCGUCGUCCGGUUUAGGGGAGGGUUUGGCCCGUGGGGCUUUACCGGGUUCAUCUGUUGCCAACAUAUAUUGAGAUGAACAGAGCGGAAUGACUCAAAUGCAAAGGCAAUUUUAAUACUCUUCCUUUAGCUAUAAACACACUUCCACACAGUGAUCUAUGUAGCAUUGGACCAGAAUCAGAGAGGCCUAGUGAAUGAUGGCCAGAUAGUAACUAACUGCCAGGAAACUGGCCUAAUGACUCUAUUGUCUCUGGUGUUGAUGUGUGUCACCUUGCACUAAAUGGACCAGUAGGCCUAUGCCAAGUUAGAUUUACUACACAGCGACAGCAUAAUGCUCCAUAAACUACCAUUUAUAGACAGUUUAGAUUUAGUGGGAGGGAGGGUUAAAAUCUAUAUGUUCAAUUAUGAGAGACCCAUCCCUUUUAUCUGUUUUAGUGUGAUCUGCCAAGGUAAAUAUAUUUGUUUAAAAGUGAAAGUAGGGAGACCACAGCCAAAAUGUUAUUGGGUCUGUUAGCUGUUGCAUACUAACUGUACUGUUUUUGAACUAGUACUGUGCGUCUGUGUUGGUUAUGCUAAGCUAACUGCUGUCCUUGUGUGUUGGUUAUGCUAAGCUAACUGGUGUCCCUGUGUGUUGGUUAUGCUAAGCUAACUGGUGUCCCUGUGUGUUGGUUAUGCUAAGCUAACUGGUGUCACUGUGUGUUGGUUAUGCUAAGCUAACUGGUUUCCCUGUGUGUUGGUUAUAAAUGCUACGCUAACACUAUUCUGACUGUCUGUAGGCCAGUUGGACCUUCUCUCAGAGGACUAUGAGGCGGUGGACCAUCGGCUGAAGCUCUUCCUGGAUGUGGAGGUGUUCGAAGAGGAAGAGGAGCUCCACUCCUUUCUCAAGGUUAGGAGAACCAACGGUUUACAGUUCAGUGACAUAGCUGAAUCUGGUCACAGCAGUUCUGCUCAGAAGUUCAGUGAACUGCUAACCCAGCCAAAACCGGUCGGCUCCAGCUCUUGUGAUCUGCUCCUGGCUGCUUUUGUGCCCCUAGCUGUUCUCUCACUGUCCUGCACCCCCUCUCUCUCUAUCGCCACCCCCACCCACCACACAAUGGCCUUGAAUGAGCUCCUCCAUGUGCAAUGCAUGCUGGGAGCCCUGUGGAGUAGAGGGGUAUUGGUUUACUGCUCAGGACACCUGGACAAGGAGAGGGAGCCAAGAGGACACGAGCUUCCCCAGCAGGAGACAGGAGAUCCAGCUCAUAACAUGCUCAUUCAUCUGAUGUUUAUUUAUCUUGUCACACGUGCUCCUCUCCCCUCUGGCUCUUUCUCUUUCAACAGCUCAACUGUUUUGUUUUUGGGCCUGCACGGUAUUCAAUGAAGAUUGAUGUGACUUUGUUGCUUUUAAAAAGGAACUGAUCUGCUCUUAUACAGUAUGUAUAAGAAGAGCUCUGAAUGCAGCCACCCAUUUUUCCUCAGUGAAAGUUAUUUACAGCAGUUAAGUUAUCUGUUGUGGAAUCUUUAACGUGUGUACAUCUUAUCUUUGUAGGUGUCGACCGUGAAGUUUGGUGAUCCGGUGGAGUUCCCCUCGUUCCUGGUGGUGUCUGACCAACGCAUCUACUUCCUGGAAGUGACAUCAGACAUGGAGUAAGUUAACCACCUGACCUGUCACACUGAAGAGCAUCACACAAGAGAAGCCUGGAAUAAAAAUACCCAUUCAGGGGUCACAGAAAUGGUUGUACCUGUCAUGAAUGUAUUGUCUGUAGAGGCAUUUGGUCUGUAGACUAGAGUUUCUUCUAUAAAGCUAUAGGUGACAUUUAUGGGUACAGCAGCAACAGGUUUGGUAGGGAGCAGACCAACCCUAUAGGAUCACCACAGCUUUACGUAACCCACCACAUCCCAAUGCUAACAGACUUUCUGGGCCACAUCUUGAGAACCCAUUACAGCCCUGGUGUUUGUGGUGGCCCUACACUCUCCCCAGCCACUUCUCCUAUUUCCUAUAUCAGUGGCUCCAUGUUCCCUCUGUGUGAACACUAUAUCAAGCCCUGUAUCAAUGGCUGUUUUGUCUUCAUCAAAAGCAUGUUGUCUUGCCUCCACUUCCUCCCAGGAGUGUGAGUAGUACGGUGUUGGACAGGCCAGAGUCUCGUGCUGCGAUGGUCCCUAUAAAGUUACUGGGAUUCUGACCCCAGAAGGCCACACCCCCACUGUCCUUAGCACGCCCUGGAAGUUGUGUAACGGCCAUGUUUGGUUGCGCAACAGUGUGAUAGAGUUCAUAUUGUUAUGAUGGCCUUCUCGCUACUUUUUUAAAAGUGCAAUCGGUGACUUGGUUGUCUGUGGCUAUCUGACAAGUUGCACAAACAAUGCUCAAACAACAACAUAUACACACACUAAAAACAAUCACGUGAGUAGACUCAAGGAAACAGAACGUUGAUAGGCAAGAUACAUGCAAAUAAAGUAAUAUGAGACACAGUGUUCUAAUUCUAUUUCUUUCCCACUUUCUCGUCUUCAUUGUUCUCUUCCUGGCAGAGGGCAGCCGUGUGAUUGGCUGCAGAAGAGGGACAGCCGUGGAAUCACAGAGCUGAGUUACCUGGAGGUGGGACUGGGCUCCCAGAGUAUCCACAUGGAGUUUGAGGAAGGGCCCGUGGCAUACACCCUGCUAGUACGGGACAGCGCACGUUGCAAGCGCUUCUUCAGCCUCCUCACAGGCAAGACGCUGCCACACGCGCGCACACACACACACACACUGCACAUAUGUUGCAUGCAUCUGUAUCUCAUGAAUUAAGGGCCUUCCUCCUGGGGAUAUGAGAGAGGAUUAGAGGGGAGCACACUCGUUCUUAGGACAAUAUGUCCCUCUCUUGCUCUCUGUCUCGCUCUCCGUCUCGCUCUCUCACUCUCUCCCUCCGUCGCUCCUCCUCCGUCACGCACUCUGUCUCUCUCUCUCUGUCUCUGUCUCUGUCUCUGUCUCUGUCUCUGUCUCUGUCUCUGUCUCUGUCUCUCUCUCUCUCUCUCUCUCUCUCUCUCUCUCUCUCUCUCUCUCUCUCUCUCUCUCUGUCUCUCUGUCUCUGUCUCUGUCUCUGUCUCUCUCUGUCUCUCUGUCUCUGUCUCUGUCUCUCUCAGUAUGUUCAUCGCAUACUCAUCUGCUCACAGUGACUACACCCUGACUAGACUCUCAGCCUGUCAGCAAGGCAAGACCAGAAGCAGAGAGAGAGGAAAGCUGAGUUUUAUUAGAUCAACACGCCCCUCUCUGACUCUCACAGCUUCUCACAACUCCUCACAACUUCACUAGAGCACUCUUUAAUGGAGUCCCUUUGGCAGCAAGGGGAAGCACCAUGGCCAAACUGUCUUCAGCUAAGGCUCUGUGGACCUGAGUCUGUGCUAUCUUAUCUGUGGGGACUCCAUGCUGUCAUUCACGGUCUUAUCAAUAAUCACUCAGAUCCAGUCAUUAUUUGACUGUUUUCCAGAUUAACUCUUUAGCUAAUCUGGGAUAUCAGGGUCAGGAUGAGUCAGCAAUGAGGUGUUAGAUAGGAUCAGUAUUCAACACUGUUAACUUUCCCUUUACAGGGGUGGCAAACGAACUCCGACCCCUCUGAUCCUUCUGACCCUUCUUAUGUACCACAUGCUCAGAUGUCCUCAGAUUCUUAUUUGGAAACCCUCUGACUCUGAAAGUGAUGGUACAGUCCAGAAUCUAAGGUGGAUUUCGGGCCUCAAAAGGGGUCUAUUGUCAACGUGAGUCUAUGUUGUGUAGAUCCACUGUACAUCCUAGAGCAUAAUAGAUCUCAUUAGAGUUCUCUUCUCUUCCAAGAGUAUGCUCUAGCUUUCCUAGAGGUGGUCCUUUUCUUCUUCUACUGUGAGGCCUGUUGGAAUAAUUGUCUCAUGAGGUUGUGUCCUUGUCUGGAUUCAUCAAAUAUUAUUUUUCUCCUUCCUCUCAACGGCUGAGGACGGGUCCAGCUUUUCAGUCACUGGGACCACAUAGCCGGCUAGGCCAGUCCAAUUCUGGGCUCGGACUCUGUAUUGCAAAGCUGAACGGCCCCGUAGAGAGAGACUGUAACAGGGCUCUGCUAUAGCCUGCCAGUUGGAUCAUCUCCUAUACGUCUUAAAAUAACCUCUGUUCUUUUUGUGUUCCUGAGGAAGGAGGAGGAGGAACAGGAGAGUUGAGCCUGGUUGUAGGCCUGGUUCUGAGGUAUGUGCUGCAGACAGACAACAUGGCUGGUCCUGUCCAGUUGGCAUAGAAAGAGAGGGGGAGAGAGGGAGGGAGAGGGAGGGAGAGAGAGAGAGAGAGAGGGAGAGGGAGAGAGGGAGCCUAAAUUCCUCACUUCCUCCCCUCCCCUCCAGGAAACUGGAACUAUUCAUUAUGUGCCUAAAAACUCAGUCCAGAGCUCUGACAUUGCCCCCAUAACAGCUGUUACAAUAUUUGUCUCAGGGAAAGAACCAAAGGAUACCUUUACCAUAACAAAACCAAUUUUCAGACUGCGCUGGCAUUCCCAGAUCAGAUGUGGUCACGCCUGGCUUGGUCGGUGGUGAGGGCUACAGACAUGGAGAAGGAAAGGGAUUGGGAGGAAUCAAGGAUGUGGUUUUACUACACCAAGGAGAAGAAGCUAAUAGGGACCGAUCUGUUCACUGCUCACUGGGCUUGAAAAUGUUUUAUUGAAAUUAGGAAUAAGGCUGGACAAGUCUUAACUUGAUAUUCAGGAGGAGUCAGUUCAGGUCACCAUGUCAAUCAAAGACUUGUCUGAACAAUGUCUCGGCUUUUGCUAAUGUAAAUGCCUUAUUGCCCCGUACAGACCUACAGUGGGUACUGGGUAAAAAUAUGUGGUCUGUAUGGUUAGAGGUCUGUCUGGUAAGUGGUUUGGUGAGGUUUGCGAUGCUCAUAAAUGGUCAUAGAAGGAGUGUUUGGUUUGGUUGUGUGGGUUGGAUCCAGACACUGCAUUCCUGAAAGGUAAUGGAAAACUGUUCCUGUCUCCUUCACUGUUCCUGUCUCCUUCGCUAACCAUCAAGUUAAGGGGUAGUGCUCCCAAAUUACAAACUGACCUCAUCUAUGGAUACCAGGAAACAUAAUCAAGAUUUUAUGAUUUUUUUUACUUAUCAACAACAGCAAUUACCAUCUUGAGUGAUAUUUGUAAUUUGGGUGAACUGUCCCUUUAACUGCAUAGUAAACUCAGUCUCUUAUAAGUAGAUGGAUGAUAUAAUCAGAUGUCAUAUCUCUCUAGUUUAACCCUAUCAGAUACCGUUACAACACCAACACAGUGUCACGUCCCACUGUCUCAGACCUGUUUUCCUCUCCGACAGGGCCGAGAGUGUUUGGUUUCAGCCGAUAGGACGCUGAGUGUCCAACUAUUCCUUGUGAAAAUAAGAAGGGGUAUUUGGGAAGGUUGGAAGUGGUUAACCUAGUGGAGAGGGUCCUGUUAUUGAACCGGCAGGAGGGAGAGUAACGUUAUUGGCCAGGACAGAUCCCAGACGCCGACACAGAUCCGCUUUCUUUUUUCGGGCUCUAAGCUCUGCGAGCCAGGCCUGUCGCCAUGGGCGACCAAGCCCCGUACCUGUUUAUCCUCUCGUCAUGGCGACGGUGGUCCACUAUGUCACGCAACACAUGCAUACACUGAGUGUACAAAACAUUAGGAACACUUUCCUAAUAUUGAGUUGCACCCCCUCCGAACAGCCUCAAUUCAUCGGGCAUGGACUCUACAAGGUGUCUAAAGCGUUCCACAGGGAUGCUGGCCCAUGUUGACUCCAAUGGUUCCCAGAGUUGUGUCAAGUUGGCUGGAUGUCCUUUGGGUGGUGGUCCAUUCUUGAUACACACGGGAAACUGUUGAGCGUGAAAAACCCAGUAGCGUUGCAGUUCUUGACACACUCAAACCGGUGCGCCUGGCACCUACUACCAUACCUCGUUCAAAAGCAUUUAAAAUAUUUUGUAUUGCCCAUUCACCCUCUGAAUGGCACACAUACACAAUCCAUGUCUCAACUGUCUCAAGGCUUAAAAAUCCUUCUUUAACCUGUCUCCUCCCCUUCAUCUACACGGAUUGAAGUGGAUUUAACAAGUGACAUCAAUAAGGGAUCAUAGCUUUCACCUGGAUUCACCUGGUCAGUCUAUGUCAUGGAAAGAGCAGUUGUUCCUAAUGUUUUGUACACUCAGUGUACACCGUCAGGAGAAAGCACAGGGGUAUGUUUAGACGAAGGACGAUGUUCUUGACUCCUGCACGUGGCAGAAGUAGGUGUUGAUCCAAAUAUGUUAUUGUCUAAGAUAAUAAAACUAAAUGGGCCCUACCUUGCCCUGUCCUGUCCCGCUUUGCCCUGUCCUGUCCCGCUUUGCCCUGUCCUGUCCCGCUUUGCCCUGUCCUGCAAGCUCCACCUUGUCCUCUGCUCCAGAAGGAAUUUAGUGUUAUUGAGUUUAGAGGGCAAAUCUCUGCACUGCUUCACCUUGAAUAAUGUCCUGAAUAGAGGUGUGUGUGGUCUCCUAUUGGUUCACUAGAACCCACCAGACGAUAAGGGGUUAAAGGGGAGCUCAAAGAGUGACAACAAUACCGUCCCUUUAAUGGUUGUCCUUUUAAUCGAGCACCGUGCUUCUUCCCGUAGGCUUCACUUCCUCCUGGUCUGGAACGUUAGUGUGGCAGAUCAGUUUCCUCCGGGAAGAAAGGAAAAUAAACAUUGGCAGAAGAAUUGAGGUUGAAUCUUCUAGACAUUGGGAGCCAGAAUAGGCUACUGGUGCCACACAAUGUCUUCAUUUCUCCUCCCUGUUGUUGUUGAACUUGGAAUUUGAUAGGCGCAGGGUGUUCCUACUCUGUUUUUCUUUAUAUGUGUUGUUCUCUCUGUUGUUUCACUCUUACUCUUUUCAGUGUGUUUCCCUUUAAACUCAACUUCCCUUUCAAUUUCACCUGUUCAACCUUGGCAUUUACCUGUGGUCCUGUGGUCCCUAUUGUUACCACCCCAGAGGAAAGUAUUUUGUCGCUGUGAGUGUGACCUGGCACAUUGUACUCCUGUACCUUUUCCAACCUGUGUUUUUCACCUGCUUCCAUGGAGCUGUAAUCCUAGAUCUGAAACCAGAGACCUGUCAGCUUUCUAGUCCUAACCCACCACAGACUGGAAGAGUCUCGCAUUAGCUCUGUCUAUUGUCUCUAGGGCUGCAAAGCUACCGGUAGUUUACCAAAGUUACCGGAAUCUAUCGUAACCUUGGUAAAUUAUACUUGAAUAACUUUUUUUUUUUUUAUUCAUAUAUAGUAUUCAUUUUUUAUAUUUUAAAAAGUUUAUAGUAGAUAGACCAUAGGGUUCAAGAGAAAAUAGCCUAAUUAAUGAAAAAAGCAUCUAAUCAACAAUGCAAUUAUUUUCAAUUAACUUUACAACACUUCCAACAAUUUGCUUUUUUUCACAGCUGCCACCAGUUUGACGCCGAAACAUUGACAACAAAUACAUACUGACAUUGUCAAAUAAAUAAGUGUGUAAAAUAAAUAUAUAAAAUAUAUUUAAUGCUGAAACCCUCAUAUUAAACACCAAUGGUAUUCACUAAGUUGAUGGUUUAUAUUUAAGAUAAUGUUUUACAGCUUUGUCAUUCAAUCAUUUUUUGGAAAAUCAUCUUAAGUUAUUUCAUAUAUUUUACAUGGGAUAAGGCCAAACAGAGGGUCAGUGAUUAUUAGACACCUGUCAAAUCUGAAGUACCCAAAAGGACCACUAGAUGUCUUGUGAUAGAUUAAAUAAAAUCCUUGAAAGAUACCCACAUUCUUUGAAAGUUUCCAGUAAGAUACCCUCCCUUUGCAACACGAAUUGUCCCUAGUCCUCAUCCGAUCUGCUUGGGUGUGACCCAGUUCAUUGAAAUUAAUUGUGCUGAUGUUCCAAUACACUGCAUGGAAACACAGUAAAACAUGAUUUAACUCUAUUUAAAGGGAUACUUUGGGAUUUUGAACUCGCCUAUACCAUGUUUAUGUCUCUGUGUCCACUAUGAAGGAAGUUAGAGGUAGUUUCACGAGCCAAUGCUAACUAGUGUUAGCGCAAUGACUGGGAGUCUAUGGAUAUCGGCUAGCAUGCUACUUCCAGUCAUUGCGCUAACGCUAGUUAGCAAGUGCGCUAGUUAGCAACUUCCUUCAAACUGCACGCAGAGACAUAAAAAUGGUAUCCACGGGUUCAUCUGACUCUGGGGGAGUAGAUAAAGGGCUUCUUUGCUAAAAUCCCGAAGUACCCCUUUAAAUAGAGCUGAGAGAACCAUUGAUAGGGAUGCAUCACUAAACUUAAUUUGUAUCUCUUUAUUCUUUUUUUCCCUUCCUCCAAUCUAUCUCUCCCUCAGGAGUGGUGCGUGAGCUGGCUACCAAGUCAGACAGCAAGCUUAAGUCUAUCUCCACCACCAGGCUCAACCCACAGCAUCAUCUCUGGUACGAACAGCCCAGAUUUAUGUUAUAAUUGCCAUGAAAGACUUCCAUGAUGUCCUCAUAUCCUCACCGUUUCCACUCAAUUGUAUUGAGCCAAGCCAUAGGCACAUCUGUGUCUUACCCCAACUGUGACACUGACAAGGCUGUGGUAACUUCUGUCUGGUGUUACUAAACCUCCCCAUUGUCGAAAAUUGGGCUCUAAAUUAGUGGCUGAACCACAUACUAAUGUCUUACAUGUGUUAGCCUCGAGAUGCUAAGAAAGCGCUAACGAUGCAUUACCUUUAACUAGAGAGCUGAUCCUGCAGUGCAAUGUCCUUAGGGGCUUCAUCCCAAUACUGUUAAGUGGCUUCCUCCCCUAUGAUCUUAGUCCUUAGGGGGUUCAUCCUAAUACUGUUAAGUGGCUUCCUCCCCUAUGAUCUUAGUCCUUAGCGGGUUCAUCCCAAUACCGUGAAGUGGCUUCCUUUCUUAUGAUCUUCUUGUAUCCUUGCUCACGUGAAAGGACUGGAAAGUGAGGACGACCAGAUAGGAAAGGAAACCAUUUUUAGUAUAUGGAUUUACCAUCCACCCUUGUUUCUGUGGUAUUGUUGGAACACGCUGAACAUUCACUGAGUUAAUUCAUGGCUCAGUUAUUAUACGGCCCUUCUUUUUUUGUGUAGCUGAAAACCCCAGCUACUCAGACAACAGACUCACUGUUUGAACAAGACCGUAGGAUGACUCAGGACAGUUUAUUUGUUUAUCAUCAUUCCUACCAUCUCUGUCUAGCUUUUAUAAUCACACUAUCAUGGAUAUAGUUGGAAUAACAUUUAACACGUGGUCGCUUUAAAGUCAACCACAGAAACCACAAAACACUACAUAGAAUUACUAUUACCUCUGUCUGCUCGCUUUCGAAAAAACAAACUCACCCAGGUGGCCAUUUUGAAACCAUAGGCCAAAGUCUUCAUUAUGUGUCUCGGUGAUACAGGUAUGAAUCAGGAACAAUAGACAUAUCUCCACACUUUUGAGAUCUGCCCCUUCUCAAAAGCAUUUUGAUUCAGUGUCUGGUGUGGUGUAUGGGCCUGAUGUUCAAUGUAACGUGGUGAAUAUUAACCUGGUUGUCUCUUAUGUAAGUCUUUCCUCUGUGUCUCCCCAGGCCUCUAGUGUGUGAAGACAUGCAGACUGAUGUGGAGGAUGGCCAGCUACAGUUCUUCUACCUCCUGGCCUUUCUACAUCAAGGUACAUUAGAAGUGUAUGUAUACUGAACAAAAAUAUAAACGCAACGUGUCGGUCCCAUAUUUAAUGAGAUGAAAUAAAAGAUCCCAGACAUUUUCCUUACGCAUAAAAAGCUUAUUUCUCCCAAAUGUUGUGCACAAAUUUGUUUACAUCAAUGUUAGUAAGCAUUUCUCCUCUGCCAAGAUAAUCCAUCCACCUGACAGGUAUGGCAUAUCAAGAAGCUGAUUAAACAGCAUGAUCAUUACACAGGUGCACCUUGUGCUGGGGACAAUAAAAGGCCACUCUAAAAUGUACAGUUUUGUCACACAACACAAUGCCAUAGAUGUCUCAAGUUUUGAGGGAGCGUGCAAUUGGCAUGCUGACUGGAGGAAUGUCCACCAGAGCUGUUGCCAGAGAAUUGAAUGUUCAUUUCUGUACUAUAAACCGCCUCCAACGUCGUUUUAGAGAAUUUGGCAGUACGUCCAACCGGCCUCACAACCGCACACCACGUGUAACCACACCAGCCCAGGACCUCCACAUCCGACUUCUUCACCUGGGGAUCGUCUGAGACCAGGCACCCGGACAGCUGAUGAAACUGAGGAGUAUUUCUGUCUGUAAUAAAGCCUUUUUGUGGGGAAAAACUCAUUUUGAUUGGCUGGGCCUGGCUUCCCAGUGGGUGGGCCUGGCUCCCAAGUGGGUGGGCCUAUGCCCGCCCAGCCCCACCCAUGGCUGCGCCCCUGCCCAGUCAUGAGAAAUCCAUAGAUUAGGGCCUAAUGAAUUUAUUUCAAUUGACUGAUUUCCUUAUAUGAACUGUAACUCAGUAAAAUCAUUGAAAUUGUUGCAUGUUGCGUUUAUAUUUUUGUUCUGUAUGUAUGUAUGUAUGUAUGUAUGUAUGUAUGUAUGUAUGUAUGUAUGUAUGUAUGUGCGUGCAUAAAUGUUAAUGUUUCUCUGUGUGAUUGAGUGUAUCUGUGUAUCUCUCUGUCUGUGACUGCAGACAUUGCAUCUGUAGCCAAGCAUGGCUGCAGGCUAUGGUCUGUGCAGGUGAAAAGAAUGUAAAGUACUGUAAUUGUAACAUGCACUCACCUGCUCCUUCUGUCUCUGCUGAAUAGUUUUAAACUGGGUUUAGACAUCAGGAGGAUAGAGAAAUGGAAUGGUUUUAAACUGGGUUUAAACAUCAGGAGGAUAGAGAAAUGGAAUGGUUUUAAACUGGGUUUAAACAUCAGGAGGAUAGAGAAAUGGAAUGGUUUUAAACUGGGUUUAAACAUCAGGAGGAUAGAGAAAUGGAAUGGUUUUAAACUGGGUUUAAACAUCAGGAGGAUAGAGAAAUUGAAGGGUUUUAAACUGGGUUUAAACAUCAGGAGAAUGGAGGAAUAUAAUGGUUUUUUUUAUUUAACCUUUAUUUAACUAGGCAAGUCAGUUAAGAAAAAAUCUUAUUUACAAUGACGGCAUACCCUGGACAAACCCUCCCCUAUCCCAGACGACGCUGGGCCAAUUGUGCACCGGCCUAUAGGAUUCCCGAUCACGGCCGGAUGUGAUACAGCCCGGGAUCUAACCAGGGUCUGUAGUGACGCCUCUAGCACUGAGAUGCAGUACCUUAGACAGAUGCGCCACUCGGGAUUUAAACAUCAGGAGUAUAGAGGAAUAGAAUAGGAAAUAUAUCCAUUGACACAGGAAAGUGUCCACCCACUUUAUAUCCCUGGACUUCAGUGGACCAGUGUGGGGAGAAUGAGGGAGGACAAUAACGUAUUUCACUAUAUCAAAAUGAAAUGAAUUGGGCUAACUCAGCCCAUCCAGUACACUGAAGAGUGUCAAUUCAGAAAGUCAUGAUACUGUAUGGUGCCAGGUAACUGCAGUCAUCUGUGGAGGAUCAAAGUUUAAAGCACACUACUGUAUAUCGCUCCCUUCCCAGUCCUCCCACUCUCUCUCCCUGUAGGAGAUCGCUGUAGUCUAGUCAGAUCCAGUGUUGCAUGACUCUUAUUUUUCACCCUAUACCCCUGGUGACUGAUUGUCCACUGAUCAAAGCUGGACUGUUCAUUCCUGGUUUAAUGGAGUAUAUCAACACAGAGGUGAAGAAGAGUAGGGAGCGAGAGAGAGGUGGCUGUUUCUCCAUGGGGCUGCUAGGGAGAUGAGAGCACUUUGUCUUAUCUCACCACGGUACCGACGUCCCACUGAUAUGGCUCUCCCUGCGUCUGUUUACCAGAUGGUAAAACACUUUGAGACGUGCCAUAAAGCCCCCGGUUAGAUAAAUACAGUACAAGCCAAACUAUUUAGAUGCAAGUAUAUGAUGAUAAUCAGUACAGAGGGGGGGGGGGGGGGGGGGGGGGUGUUUUAAACAUUUAGACCAAAUGCAUAUUUUCUGUGUCUUAUAUUUGUUCUCUCUGCCAGAAGACAGCGUGACCCCUCUGACAGUUCUGGCCACCCGGGAAACCCUGUACCUGCUCAACGAAGACCACCAAUGGAGCAAGAGCUUGCCCCACCCGUCAGCCAAUGAGAACGGGGAACCCUGCAGUGGGCGGGUCACUGUUCAGGAGACCCAGCCAAUCAGCUGUGUCAGCUCUGUCCAUCUAUGGUCGUCUGACCCAUGCAGAAUGGACAUCAAGCUUUACGAUGAGGUGAGACUGAGGGAGGAAAGAGGCUUGUGAUUGGUCUUAGAUUAGGAAGGGCUUCUUCCAAGUUCUCAAGGGUAAGCUGGAUAAGCUAAAUGCUAUCAUGAGCAAAGUUGGGCACACGUUUGUAUAUUUAUUAGACAUUUUUCAGGAUGAAAUCUCUUUGAGAUGCACCAUCUCGUUUUCAAGAGUGUCCAGAUGAAAACAACUAACAAGCGAACAAUACUUAGUAAGAAGAGGAAUAUGGCUACUACUGUCUAAUAAUAAUAAUAAUAAAAACAAUGAAAUUAAAUGAAAUUUUAUUUGGCACAUGCGCCGAAUACAACAGGUGUAGUAGACCUUACAGUGAAAUGCUUACUUACAAGCCCUUAACCAACAAUGCAGAUAUAAGAAAAAUAAGAGUUAAGAAAAUAUAUAUACAGUACCAGUCAAAGGCUUGGACACACCUACUCAUUCAAGUGUUUUCUUUAUUUUUACUAUUUUUUACAUUGUAGAAUAAUAGUGAAGACAUCAACACUAUUAAAUAACACAUAUGGAAUCAUGUAGUAACCAAAAAAGUGUUAAACAAAUCAGGGGGGGGGGGGUUAAAUACAAUAGUCCGGGUAGCCAUUUGGUUAACUGUUCAGCAGUCUUAUGGCUUGGGGGUAGAAGCUGUUAAGAAGCCUUUUGGACCUAGACUUGGCACUCCGGUACCGCUUGCCGUGCGGUAGCAGAGAGAACAGUCUAUGACUAGGGUGUCUGGAGUCUUUGACAAUUUUUAGGGCCUUCCUCUGACACCGCCUGGUAUAGAGGUCCUGGAUGGCAGGAAGCUUGGCCCCAGUAAUGUACUGGGCCGUACGCACUACCCUCUAGUGCCUUGCGGUCGGAUGCCGAGCAGUUGCCAUACCAGGCAGUGAUGCAACCAGUCAGGAUGCUCUCGAUGGUACAACUGUAGUACCUUUUGAGGAUCUGAGGACCCAUGCCAAAUCUUUUCAAUAAAAACUACUGCUACUACUACUAAUACAACUAAUAAAACUACUGCUACAACUAAUAAAAACUACUACUAAUACAACUAAUAAAAGUCAAUUUAGUGAUAACAGUUCAUUUAGUGAUUCAGACAUUGUGCAAUGAUUUCUUAUAAUGGCAUUCAAUCUGCAAAGAUUGUUAUAAAAGACAUCUCAUUCGCAAAGUAAGGUCUUGGUUGUGUUUUGAUAGAUGAUGUCACAAUAGUCUAGGACAGGAAGCAGCAGUUUGGUUACUAAGGUCUUUCUAAUGGAUACAGUAAAACAAUUCUUAGAUCUGUAUAGUAACCCAAGUUUAUAGUUUCUAAUAUAAUCUAAAUGCUGUCCAAAAGAUAUUUCAGAAUCUAUCCUCAAACCCAGAUAUUUCAAACAAAUAACACUUUGAAGCGUUGUUCCAUCACUUAAAAUAAUUUUGAAAUUGCCAGCUGUGGAGUUUAUUCUUUGCCGUGUGCCAAACAGCAUGAUAUAGGACUUUGUGUGACUUUGUGUGACUUUGUGUGUGUGUUUGCGUAUACAGUACAUAAGAGUGUCUGUGUGUGUUUCCUGUGCAGAUAGUGAAGGAGGAAAAGACGUGGUCGUUACGCUCUGACAGUACAGAGCUGGUGCAGGGCCUACUGGUGUGGGUCAGAACACAAUGGGAGAACAUGUUCGGAGUCAAACUCACCAUCACCACCCUCACCCCACCAGCCUGAGGGAAAACACCCACCCGUCCAACCGUGUUUGUGUGCACAUGCAUGAGUGUGAGGGUCUGUCUCUCUGUC